AUCAGAAAAGAUAGAAAAAUCCUCCGUUGUUCGUUGCCCGUUUCGGAGUUCCAUCUACAAAGGGGUUGGCUCUCGAAGAUAUAUUCUUGAAGGCAAUGACUUCUUUGCCCUCAAAGAUCUUAUUGAUCUCUCCUAAAGGAGUCUUUGCAGCAUUACCAGUGAUGGUCGAUACUAUCUUGAGAAAGAUUCUGGAGCAUAUAACCGACCAGUGCCUAAUAUGUUAUGAUGUGGGAAUCCCCUGCACUGCUCGGCAAGACUGUGAUGAUCCCUCCUCUCUCAUUUUCCCUUUCCAGGAAGGAGAGAUUGAAAGAUGCAAAUCUUGUGACUCAGUAUUCCAUAAGCAUUGUUUUAAGAGGAUAUCAUCUUGCCCAUGUGGCACUCGGUUGAAGACGGAGCAGGAAGGCAGUUCAACUAAGGGCAGCCAGAACAUGGGCAACUGGGGAAUUCUCUCCUUGGACUUGCUCGGAAAGAGGGCAGACCUCAGUAAGGGGCUUGUUACGGGAUUCUUAGGGAAGGUAAGGUCACUCAAGUCUAGCAGGAAUGAAGAAGAGGAGCAUGAAGACAAUAAUACCGUUAUCUUAAUGGAUUCAUUGCCAAUGACCACCCUCUGAAGGGCUGUACAUACAGAGUCUUCUCUUUUAGCUUUUGAAACUACUGUGAUUAGAAGCUUGUGCUUUAGUGGAGGUCUAUUUGGUCUUGUCCUCCCACCAACUUGUAUUCUUUGUGAGUGCACAAUGGUGAUUCUUUCAUUAUCUCACAGUUAUCAUCCAUUAUAUCCAGUCAGUCAGUUGUAAAUGAAAUAUACAUGAUAUUUGCUUGUAAGUUGAGAAGAUCCAUUUGUAUUCGUUUGUAUUUGACAUGGUUCCUUGGAUUUAUUAUUUGUUCCUAUCUGGGUUUAGGUUAUCCUACUACUCAAUUUUAGUUAAGACUC